AUGGCAGACACUCCACAAACACCUACUCUUCUCACAGUCCCUACUGAAAUCCGUCUGAGGAUAUGGGAGUCCGUCUUCGAUAGGCUCCACUACUUCGGCGGGGUUAGCCAUGAUGACUGCCGCAAUGAGAACCCUCCCAGGGGGUAUAUAGAGGAAGAACCCAAGGAAAUCGUGGACAAGGACUUGGACAACGAUGUCGACCUACCGCCAAAGCCGCUACCACCUUGUCCUUGCAAUGAUCGCCAGCUUCUGCCCCUAUAUCUGUGCCGACAAACGUACGAGGAGAUGAAGGAAGCGUUGACAAAGGCCCGGAUCACAGCCGAGUACACCUCGAACCCAGUCGUUGAGCUCAAACCCACAUUCUUCGGCCGUAUCCACACAUUGAUCCUCGACGAGACUGUCUUUCCGAUCCUGAAAUUCAGUCCUGGGGUGCUGGACCGUGUCGACUACGACGAUAUCGAGUGGGUUUUCCCGGGUCUGAAGCGAGUCGUCAUGCCCGAGGGGUUGGGCUCUGGGUUGGGCCUCCGCUUCCCUUCCUCCAUACCCAUGCACAUCUACAGCUGUUUACGCAACCGCGAGGGACCCAACGGGAUGCCGACGGCGGACAUGACCGGGAUUGUCCGUUCCGACCUCUCGGGCCAUGGCUUCAACGAGCGCUUUCACGCCACCGAGGUCGUUGUCCGCAACGCUGGGAUCGAGGUCUCCAGCACGUAUCGGUACAUGAUCUGGGCGUCCCAAAUCCUCAGCUGGCCGUUCAACACGGACGAGAACGACAUAUACAAGGGGAAUUUCUCUGGGUAA